UUGUUAAUGUUUUGUACACUUAGAGCAUUAUACUUACUGGAUGAAGUCAAAGAAGCAAGCCAUUCAGUCCGAUUUACUGAUUGAACUUACGUUAUCAGCAUUACUUUCAUUUAGGCAACAUCCGGGCAUUUGACAUAUUCCAGAAGAUUGAUUGUCAGCCCACAAUGAACUUCCCUCUCACCCUCUCACGACACUGGCGUUGUCUUACUACCAAGUUUAUCCAUUUUCAUACAUCACUAAGUGCUUCUCUUGAGCAUACUGUGUUAUGGAAAGGGUUUUUAGAGGGAUGAGGCAGAAUUGUUACAGCUGCAUAAGACGGGUGAUGUGAGAUCCAAUGCAGAGCAGAUAUGCCUAAUAAAGCCUGCAUUUAAUUCUAUGAGUGACUUUAUGUGAGGUGUCUCAUAGAACAAAUGCAAGUAAUCUCUGGCUGACAUGUUUUAUAGAGUAUGCCACAGGUUCCCCAAAAAGAGAGACAAGUUUCUCAAUUGAAUGCAUACAAAGGUGAUUAGAAUUGUACACUGGUAUUCUGUAUGUUAGAAAAAACAGAAACUACUGGCGUAGGCAAAGCAGUCUAUCGACAUGUGACAUUGUGGUUAAGACGACAAAUCCUAAAAGCUGGUGAUGAUGAGACGGGUAGCAGUAUUCAUCAAGGGCUAGAGGCGUCUACUCAGAGAAAGAGACACAGCAUUGAAGUCUCAUCACUGACUGGAUAAGUGCAUGUAACAUUGUCUUUGUCAUCUUGCUAGUAAAAUGGAGUGGCCGUUGUUCACUGCACUCCCAACUGAUGAAACUCUUUCUGGAGAUUACACAGACGACUAUGGGACCUUCACUGAGACCCCAGGGGGGCUAUGUGACAAGAGCUGGGUGAGGGAGUUUCGGGGUCUCUACGAACCCCCGCUGUUCUGGCUCAUCUUCAUCUUGGGCGCUGUGGGCAACCUGAUGGUGGUCUUCAUCUUUACCACGGUGCGCCACCGCCUCAAGACCAUGACGGACGUCUACCUACUCAACCUGGCCGUGGCCGACCUUCUCUUCCUGGGCACGCUGCCUUUCUGGGCCACUGACGCCACCAUGGGUUGGAUGUUCGGCCUGAGCCUCUGUAAGCUCCUCUCGGCCAUCUACAAGAUCAACUUCUUCAGCAGCAUGUUGCUGCUCACAUGUAUCAGCGUGGACCGCUAUGUGGCUAUCGUCCAGGUUACCAAGGCCCACAACCAGAAGAACAAGAUGCUGUCUGUCAGCAAGCUGACCUGCCUUGCUGUCUGGAUCAUCUCAGGCAUCCUGGCCCUGCCUGAGUUAAUCUUCGCCCAAGUCAAGCCUGACCGUAGGGGCAAUUUCUUCUGUGUCUUGGUCUACCCAAACAACCUCUUCAAUCGCACCAAGAUCCUGGUGCUCGUUCUGCAGAUCUGUGUGGGGUUUUGCCUGCCGCUGCUGGUCAUGGUGCUGUGCUACUCUGUCAUCAUCCGCACCCUGCUGCAGGCCAAGAGCUUCGAGAAGCAGAAGGCACUCAGGGUCAUCUUCGCUGUGGUGGCUGUGUUUGUCCUCUCCCAGCUGCCGUACAAUGGGCUACUGGUGGUCGACGCCACGCAGGCCGCCGACACCACCAUCACGGACUGUGCUGUAUUGGAACUUUUCGAUGUCGCUGGUCAAAUUGCCAAGAGUCUGGCGUACACCCACGCCUGCAUUAACCCCUUCCUGUACGUGUUCAUUGGCGUUCGCUUCCAGAAGGAUCUGCUGAGGCUGCUGAAGCUGUGCACCUGCGGCCUGAGCCAAGGAGGUGUCAGUAAGCUGCAGGCCGUCCCCAACCGCCCUUCUGUCAUGUCUGACACUGAGACUACCUGUGCCCUCGCCUUGUAAUCGUGCCCACUGAAGCCACACACACAUUCAACAUCACCUCAGAUCACAUAAUUUCAUUGGUAAACACCUCAUUCCACACCUUUCUUCUUCCAUGAUAUCAUAUGCUGCUAGGUGGGACACUCCCACCUGUUGCAUCCUGAGUACAUUGGUAUUUUACCAGUAUAGAAAUGUAAUUAUUUUACCCUGUGCUGACAAUCAAGAAACAUGCAAUACAUGAAAAGCAUACCAUUCUCUAAGACAUUGUAUUAAAGUGUAAAUUAUUGUGUAUAUAUAUACUGAACAAAAAAUAAACGCAACAUUCAACAACA